AUGGCAGCCUCUCUGAGUGCCUUGUUUCCAACUGGCCUUGUCUGCUUUCUCUACCUCUUCAUCUUCUUCAACAGCCUACCGUUAGUCAUCUGCAACGAUGAAAUCGAAAAUGAUAGACAAGCUCUCCUUUGCUUCAGGUCACAACUCUCAGGUCCAGCCGAGGUUUUUGCUUCAUGGAGCAGCAGCAACGCGUCCAUGGAGUUCUGCCACUGGCACGGGGUAACUUGCAGCGCAUGGCCUCCCCGUCGCAUCAUCGUGAUAGACCUUGCAUCACAAGGCAUCACAGGCUCCAUUCCACCUUGUGUUGCCAACCUCACGUAUCUUACAAAGCUCCAACUGUCGAAUAACAGCUUCCUUGGUGUCAUACCGUCCGAACUGGGCCUCCUGAGCCGACUCAGCAGCCUCAACCUCAGCAUGAACAAUUUAGGAGGUAACAUACCAUCCGAACUCUCUGCAUGUUCUCAACUUCAAAUCCUAGAUCUGCGGAACAACUCCCUCCAGGGAGAGAUCCCACCUAGCCUAAGCCAAUGCAAGCAGCUCCAAGAGAUCAACUUCGGCAACAACAAGCUCCAAGGGAGCAUUCCUUCUGCUUUUGGACAGCUUCCUGAGCUGCGCAAACUUGUUCUCGCACGUAAUAGUCUAACCGGGACUAUACCGUUGUCUUUGGGCAGCAGCAGCCGUAACCUCACAUAUGUCAAUCUUGCGAGGAAUGAUCUCACAGGUGUCAUCCCGGAGUCCCUAGCAAAUACUGUGUAUCUUGAAGUGCUUAUACUCAUGAGUAAUAGUCUUACUGGAGAAAUCCCAAAGGCUCUAUUCAACAUUUCAUCACUUACUGACAUCUACCUCCAACAGAACAGUCUUGUUGGUCAUAUACCUUCUUUCACAGCCAUAUCUGCCCCUAUUAAAUAUCUCUCUUUAAGCAAUAACUAUCUCUCAGGGACAAUACCUUCCUCAUUAGGGAACCUUUCCUCUCUGCUUUAUCUUCGACUUACACAUAAUAAUUUAGUUGGGACCAUCCCAGAGAGCUUGGGUCAUAUUCCAACACUAAAGCUCCUGACCCUGAGUGUAAACAACUUAUCUGGAGUAGUUCCAGCAUCUCUCUUCAACAUGUCUUCCUUGACAUUCCUUGGCAUGGCAAACAACUCACUCGUUGGAAGAUUACCCUCUAAUAUUGGAGACACACUCCCAAAUAUGCAGGGAUUAAUCCUCUCAACCAACAUGUUUCAUGGUCCAAUACCAGCUUCUCUUACCAGUGCUUACCACCUAAGUCAGCUUUACCUAUACAACAAUAGCCUAACUGGGUUGAUACCAUUCUUCGGUUCAUUGCCAAAAUUGGAGGAAAUUGAUUUGUCAUACAACAACCUAGAAGCAGGUAGCUGGGACUUUCUCUCUUCACUCUCCAAUUGCUCUAGAUUGACUAUGUUGCUGCUGGCUGGGAACAAUUUUGAAGGGGAAUUGCCAAGCUCAAUCGCCAAUCUUUCUAUUAGCCUUCAGUGGCUGCAGCUAAAUGAAAACAAAAUUUCUGGGCCUAUACCAACAGAGAUAGGUAACCUCAAGGGCCUCACCAUGCUGUACAUGGAUUACAAUCUUCUCACUGGUGAUAUACCACCGACAAUUGGGAAUUUGAACAGCCUGGUUGAUCUAACCUUUGCGAAAAACAGACUUUCAGGCCACAUCCCUGGUAAUAUUGGCAACCUUGUUGAGCUUAAUUUUCUAAAAUUGGAUGGGAACAACUUGAGUGGAAGGAUUCCUGGAAGUAUAGGAAGGUGCACUCAGCUCCAAAAAAUCAACCUUUCUUAUAACUCACUAGAUGGGAGUAUACCGAGUAAAUUAUUCAACACUUAUUUGCUUUAUGAAGAAUUUGACUUGUCGCACAAUUACUUGUCCGGAGAAAUGCCAGAGGAAGUUGGCAAACUCAUUAAUUUGAAGAAAAUUAGUAUCUCAAAUAACAGGUUGUACGGCAGCAUCCCAUCCACUCUCGCACAGUGUUUGGUUCUGGAGUAUCUUGAGAUGCAAAACAACUUUUUUGUCGGAAGCAUUCCACAAUCGUUUGUGCACUUGGUUGGCAUAAAACAGAUGGAUAUUUCCAAGAACAAUUUGUCUGGAAAAAUCCCAGCGUUCCUGGCAAACUUGAGUUCUCUUCAGGAUCUCAAUUUAUCCUUCAACAAUUUCUAUGGAGCAGUUCCGAGAGGUGGUAUUUUUGACAAUGCUGGUGCAUUGUCAAUUGAAGGAAAUGAUCAGUUGUGUGAAAGCAUUCCAAAAAGAGGUAUGCCUCUUUGUCCUUCAAUGGUUAAUAGGAAAAGGAAACACAAAUCACUGCUUCUAGUCCUAGAGAUCCUAAUGCCAAUUGUUGUUGUUAUAAUCAUUUUGGCCUGCAUUGCGAAAAAUUAUUGGAGAAAGAGAAUGCAUAUAAAUUCGCAUUUGCGGCGGUCCGUUAGGUGCAUAAAGAAAAUAUCAUAUGAAGAUAUCGUAAGUGCAACAGAUAGUUUCUGUUCAGAACACCUGAUUGGCUCGGGAUCAUUUGGAAAGGUUUAUAAGGGAAGUCUGCAAUUUCAGGAAGAUCAAGUUGCCAUCAAGAUUUUAAACCUUGACAUUUAUGGAGCAGAUAGGAGCUUCAAUGCAGAGUGUGAAGCACUACGAAAUGUACGCCAUCGAAAUGUUGUCAAAAUCAUCACUACAUGCUCUUCAGUGGAUUCUACCGGGGAAGAUUUCAAGGCCAUCGUGUUUCAAUACAUGCCCAAUGGGAACCUAGAAAUGUGGCUGCAUCCAAAGGGCGGUGCAAGUGAAAAUAAUAUUCUAACUUUAAACCAGAGAGUUAAUAUUUGCUUGGAUGUAGCCUUUGCUUUGGAUUAUAUUCAUAACCAGUGUGCAUCUCCACUAAUACACUGUGACUUGAAGCCAAGCAAUAUUCUUUUAGAUCGUGACAUGACUGCGUAUGUCAGCGACUUUGGCAUAUCAAGAUCUCCAAAUGCAUAUCAAGAUGGUGCAACAAGUUUGGCUGGCCUAAAAGGAUCCAUCGGAUACAUCCCACCAGAGUAUGGCAUGAACGAGCAGGUAUCAACCAAGGGAGAUGUCUACAGUUUCGGAGUGCUUCUGUUACAAAUGGUAACAGGGUGUAGUCCAACUGACGAGAAAUUCAAGGAUGGUACAACCCUUCAUGAAAUUGUUGGUAGAGCAUUUUCAAAGAGUAUUCACGAGGUUAUUGAUCCUGAGAUCCUCCAAGAUGACAGAAAUGCAGCAGAUGUGAUGGAGCGAUGUGUCAUUCCACUGGUCAGGAUAGCCCUCUCCUGCUCCAUGGCAUCACCCAAGGCGCGACCAGAAAUGGGACAAGUUUGCAACGAGAUCCUGAAAAUCAAGUGUGAGGCCUCAAAGAUGCUGGAAACAUAUUUCACUAGGAUGGUAUCUGCUAAUACUAGUUGAUGUAAAAACGAGUAGGAAAGCACUACCAUUCUAUGGGUUUUUCCUUCUUCCAAUUCUUCUUCUUUUUGGAACAAUAGUUUUUCCAAUUCGUUUUGUGACAUUUACAAAGAGUACACUUCUAC